ACACACACACGUCUUAUGUAACCGAGCCCGGGUAGAGCAGGGCUGCAGAAAGCAGAAACGGAGAGCCCGGCUCCUGGGAGCAGGUCUUGGCCCCCACUUGGGGCCCCGGCCGUGCGGCCGGAGGGAGCGGCCGGAUGGAGCGGAGGAUGAAAGCCGGAUACUUGGACCAGCAAGUGCCCUACACCUUCAGCAGCAAAUCGUCCGGAAAUGGGAGCUUGCGCGAAGCGCUGAUCGUCCCGCAGGGGAAGCUCAUGGACCCGGGCUCCCUGCCGCCCCUCGACUCUGAAGAUCUCUUCCAGGAUCUAAGUCACUUCCAGGAGACGUGGCUCGCUGAAGCUCAGGUACCAGACAGUGAUGAGCAGUUUGUUCCUGAUUUCCAUUCAGAAAACCUAGCUUUCCACAGCCCCACCACCAGGAUCAAGAAGGAGCCCCAGAGUCCCCGCACAGACCCGGCCCUGUCCUGCAGCAGGAAGCCGCCACUCCCCUACCACCAUGGCGAGCAGUGCCUUUACUCCAGUGCCUAUGACCCCCCCAGACAAAUCGCCAUCAAGUCCCCUGCCCCUGGUGCCCUUGGACAGUCGCCCCUACAGCCCUUUCCCCGGGCAGAGCAACGGAAUUUCCUGAGAUCCUCUGGCACCUCCCAGCCCCACCCUGGCCAUGGGUACCUCGGGGAACAUAGCUCCGUCUUCCAGCAGCCCCUGGACAUUUGCCACUCCUUCACAUCUCAGGGAGGGGGCCGGGAACCCCUCCCAGCCCCCUACCAACACCAGCUGUCGGAGCCCUGCCCACCCUACCCCCAGCAGAGCUUUAAGCAAGAAUACCAUGAUCCCCUGUAUGAACAGGCGGGCCAGCCAGCCGUGGACCAGGGUGGGGUCAACGGGCACAGGUACCCAGGGGCGGGGGUGGUGAUCAAACAGGAACAGACAGACUUCGCCUACGACUCAGAUGUCACCGGGUGCGCAUCAAUGUACCUCCACACAGAGGGCUUCUCUGGGCCCUCUCCAGGUGACGGGGCCAUGGGCUAUGGCUAUGAGAAACCUCUGCGACCAUUCCCAGAUGAUGUCUGCGUUGUCCCUGAGAAAUUUGAAGGAGACAUCAAGCAGGAAGGGGUUGGUGCAUUUCGAGAGGGGCCACCCUACCAGCGCCGGGGUGCCCUGCAGCUGUGGCAAUUUCUGGUGGCCCUGCUGGAUGACCCAACAAAUGCCCAUUUCAUUGCCUGGACGGGCCGGGGAAUGGAGUUCAAGCUCAUUGAGCCUGAAGAGGUCGCCAGGCUCUGGGGCAUCCAGAAGAACCGGCCAGCCAUGAAUUACGACAAGCUGAGCCGCUCGCUCCGAUACUAUUAUGAGAAAGGCAUCAUGCAGAAGGUGGCUGGUGAGCGUUACGUGUACAAGUUUGUGUGCGAGCCCGAGGCCCUCUUCUCUUUGGCCUUCCCGGACAAUCAGCGUCCAGCUCUCAAGGCUGAGUUUGACCGGCCUGUCAGUGAGGAGGACACAGUCCCUUUGUCCCACUUGGACGAGAGCCCCGCCUACCUCCCAGAGCUGGCUGGCCCCGCCCAGCCGUUUGGCCCCAAGGGUGGCUACUCUUACUAGCCCCCAGCGGCUGUUCCCUCUGCCGCAGGUGGGUGCUGCCCUGUGUACAUAUAAAUGAAUCUGGUGUUGGGGAAACCUUCAUCUGAAACCCACAGAUGUCUCUGGGGCAGAUCCCCACUGUCCUACCAGUUGCCCUAGCCCAGACUCUGAGCUGCUCACCGGAGUCAUUGGGAAGGAAAAGUGGAGAAAUGACAAGUCGAGUCUCAAAAACUCCCCUGGGGGUUUCACCUGGGCCCUGGAGGAAUUCAGCUCAGCUGCUUCCUAGGUCCAAGCCCCCCACACCUUUUCCCCAACCACAGAGAACAACAGUUUGUUCUGUUCUGGGGGACAGAGAAGGCGCUUCCCAGCUUUAUACUGGCAGGAGGGUGAGGAGGUUCACUGAGCUCCCCAGAUCUCCCACUGUGGGGAGACAGAAGCCUGGACUCUGCCCCAUGCUGUGGCCCUGGAGGGUCCCGGUUUGUCAGUUCUUGGUGCUCUGUGUACCCAGAGGCAGGGGGAGGUUGAAGAAAGGAACCUGGGAUGGGGGGUGCUGGGUAGAAGCAGAGAGGGAUGGGUUCCUGCUCCAAGGGACCCUUUGCCUUUCUUCUGCCCUUUCCUAGGCCCAGGCCUGGGUUUCCACUUCCACCUCCACUACAUCUGCCAGACCUUAAUAAAGGCCCCACUUCUCCCAUUA